AUACAGACUCACCAAUCCCUAAAGAGCUUUUACCAUCAGAGGCUAUUCCAUUGAUUCGUGAAGAAGGAUCACGUCGAGGAAAAUCACUAGAAGGCUCAGAGUAUCUUUUUCCACUAAAUACGGAUUUUGAAGGUUGGAUCAAAGAUUUUGAAACUGCAAAGGCAUCAAAAUAUAUAAAACGUCAGGAAAAUCAAUCAGUAAAUGGAACUUGUACUUACUAUAGAUGUCACUGUAGAGGAACAUAUGAAAGUGUAGCUGGAAAUAAUCUAA